CACAGCCCCUACUGGGGAUUGAGCCUGCAACCUGGGCAUGUGCCCUCACCCAGAAUCGAACCAUGAUCUCCUGGUUCAUAGGUCGAUGCUCAACCACUGAGCCACACGGGCUGAGCUCCCCACUGGCUUCUUCUAACCUCCCAUCUGCAUGCCUUCAUUCUGCCUCCUCACAGCCUCUCCUCCUCUCAGAAAAGGAGCAGCCAUCCUAAGGCAGCUCCCAGGCUUCUCACCACCCAGUCUCCCACCUGUGCUGCCUCCCCUCCCUCCUGUGGCAGUGGAAGAACUGCCCUGCACAGAGCUGCUAGGGGGCCAGGCCUGCGGCUCAGUGCUCACCGCUGCCCCCUAUAGAUCUGGGAGCAGCCAGAGGGGGAGCCUGUCCCGCCUCUACCCCUCCUCCCACCCCCACCUUAGACCUGGGGACUGAGGACCUGUGAGUUGGGCCUGGACAGACAGAAGAACUUCCCACAGAGGAGGUGGGACCUUUAAGGGGAGGGCAGGUGCUCCAGGAGCCGGGAACAGUCUGCACAAAGGCUUGGAGCUGGCUCACGGGGAGACUUUCCCACCUGCCUUGCCACAGCCUCCCCCUGGGGUCCGUGGCCCAGUGAGGCCCCUGGAGUAGAAUGCUGCUCCUCCCAUGCCACCCCACCCGGGCACUCCCUGCCCCAUUGUGACACUACUUCCUGGCCACCAUUGGAACCCAAAGGUUCUGCUGCCUACAGCCUGGCUAGGCCUGGAGGAUGCUGAGAUGGCUGGUAAAGAAAAGCCAAUGGAGCUCCAAAACCAGGCUUCUUACAGGAACUUACAACGGCGUGAGGAGGCAGAACACUCCAGUCCCAAGUCUGCGGAGUUGUUACGCAAGUUGAGGAUCAUGGAAGCCAACCAGCAGGACAAGCUUGCUAAUAUCAUGGAAGCGUUGGGGAAGUUUGGCCCAUUCCAGCGAAGGCUGGUAGCCCUAACCUUCAUCCCCAAUAUACUUGCGGUUGUAUUCAUGUAUGCUGACCUCUUUGUGUCUGGAGAACAGAAGGCCUAUUGCAAUACCAGCUGGAUCCUGGACGUGGGCCCUAACCUGUCAAUGGCUGAGCAGCUGAACCUGACCCUGCCCCGGUACAAAAAUGGCAGCUUCAUGACAUGCCGCAUGUUCCUACCUGUGACCUGGGAUCUGGAUUCCAUCAUCAAGUUUGGCCUCAACUACACACAGCCGUGCAGCCAGGGGUUUGUCUACCCUGAGAGCAAGACUCGAUCAAUAAUCAAUGAGUUUGAUCUGGUGUGUGGUGAGGACUUUUCCCCGGAAGCCGCGCAGUCCAUGUUCAUGACAGGCCUCCUGACAGGGGCACUCAUCUUUGGCUUCAUAGGUGACAAGCUUGGCCGCUACCCCUGCAUACUGCUGUCGAACUUGGGCAUAAUCAUCUUUGGCUUUGGGACAAGCUUCGUCACCAGCAUUAACCAAUAUCUGUUUUUCCGCUUUGGGUUAUCCCACUCCCUGGUGGGCCACGCCAUCAGCAGCAUGGCUCUAACUGUUGAGUGGGUAGUGGGCGAGCAUCGGGCCCACUCCAUCAUCCUGAGCCAGAGCUUUUAUUCUCUGGGGCUCAUGUUCCUGAGUGGACUUGGCUACACUUUUCCCCACUGGCGGUUGGUGUUUGUGUUUGGCACAGCCCCUGUGUUAUUCCUCGUCUCCUUUAUCUGGAUUCUCCCAGAGUCCCCUCGGUGGCUGUUGGUGAAGGGGAAGGUGGAGGAAGCCAAGCAGGAACUGCUCUCUGCCGCUGAAAGGAACAAGAGGACCAUUCCUUUACCUCUGUUGGAUAAGCUACAGGUGCCUGGAAAGAAGGUGGCUAAUGCCUCAAUCCUGGACUUCUAUAGCAACAGUCAACUGCGCAAGGUGACCUUGGUGAUGGUUAUUGUGUGGUUUACUGUUGGUCACAGCUAUUCUACGCUGACCUUGAAGAUGGAAGCUUUUGGUGUGAAGCAACAGCUGAUCGAGAUAAUUCCUGGCAUGAUGGGGAUGCCCGCCCGGCUGUGUGGCAUCUUUUUGUUCGAGCAUUUUGGGAGGAAGUGGUCUAUGGCAGGGGCUCUCUUCCAAGGCAGCUUCAUGAACUUGCUUAUCCCUUUCAUCCCCUCAGACUUGAAAACCACGUUGUUGCUGUUGAUCCUGGUGGGACAACUCAGCCUUUCCACCUCCAUCAGCAUGUUCUUCGCCUACAGCGCCGAGAUCCUGCCUACCGUCCUCAGGGCAACGGGUCUGGGGCUGGUGACUCUGGCCUGGGCAUCUGGAAUCAUAGUGUCCCUGGCUCUAAUGACCUGGAGUCCCCCCUAUAUUAGCAACUAUAUCGGCUACGUCUCAACCAUCUUGUCCCUGUCCCUCUUCUACAUGCUUCCGGAGACACAGAAUCUGCCCCAUGUCGAUAUCCUGGAGCACUUCUCCAUAUACAAACGCUCUAGGCGCUCUAACAAGAAGCUGAGCAAAGAGAUCUUGUUGGCUGAGAGCAAAUUAUAUAGUGAAGUGAACCAGGAAGUGAUAAGGAACACCCUUCUCAAUGCCAUGAUGGAACCGGAACCAGACUUAUUCAGCUCACCUGUGAGUAGCAAAGAAGCAUCCACAAACAACCAGGAAGAAGGCCAGGCCCUCGGACGAUCAUGAAUGAAGUUGACCGGCUGAGGAUGGGGCCGGGAAUUUCAAGCUGCAAAUUCUGGGCCAAGUUCAGCUUCGGGGGCAGGGUCAGCCCUACUCUGAGGUUAGCCCUGGAGAUCCAAAAAAUAGCUCCUCUGCGGGGAGCUAAGGUGUGAUUAAUUCUAAUAAAGGUAUCGUGUUAGACUUGA